AAAAUAAUAUAAUAAUGCCACGUGUAUUAUAAUAAGCCUUUUGUUCUCUCCAAUCCACUAUAUAAACACACGUUUCUCUUGAAUCUAAAUCACAACUAACAAACUUCCUCAAAACUUGCUUUGCCUUCCCUUUUAAUUUCGCACAUUCAUUUGUUGUUUCUCUCCAAAGAUCUAACACUAAGGUUUAGUUAAUUUUUUUCCUGCAAAAAUGAUUCGAGGAGCCGCAUGUUUUCGCAAAUUAUUUCAAUCUUCAGCUGUAUCUUCAAAGGUUGCAGCAAGGUGUUAUACAGCUCAGGCGGCUGUACAGCCUGCUAUUUACAGUAGCGAUGAAGAGUCUGCUGAUAUCGACUGGGACAAUCUUGGAUUUCAAUUGAUUCAAACUGAUUAUAUGUACAUGACUAAAUGCUCUGAUGAUGGAAUAUUUAGAAAAGGACAACUUAAUCGUUAUGGCAAUAUCAAUUUGAGCCCAUCUGCUGGUGUCUUGAACUAUGGACAGGGGUUGUUUGAAGGUACAAAAGCGUAUAGAAGAGAUGAUGGGAGAGUAUUUUUAUUUCGUCCUGAACAGAACGCAAUCAGAAUGCAAAUUGGUGCGGAGCGAAUGUGUAUGCCAUCUCCUACAACUGAUCAAUUUGUUGAUGCUGUUAAGCAAACCGCUCUUGCUAACAAACGUUGGAUUCCUCCUUCUGGAAAAGGGUCACUUUACAUUAGGCCUCUUUUAAUAGGCACUGGUCCUAUUUUGGGUUUGGCUCCAGCACCUGAGUACACUUUCCUUGUCUAUGCCUGUCCUGUUGGUAAUUAUUUCAAGGUUAGUUUCUUAUUUAAAAAAAUACAGGUUGAAGAACGUUUAAUCGAAGCUGAUGAAUUAAUUAGUGCUGAUGAAGUAUUUUGUACGGGAACUGCAGUUGGUGUUGCUCCUGUGGGAAGUAUCACAUACAAAGGCCAAAGGAUUGAUUAUAAAAUAAGCUCAGAUCUAUCGUGUAAGCAGUUCUAUUCCAGAUUAGUAGGGAUACAAAGAGGUGUUAUCAAGGAUGAAAGGGAUUGGAUCGUGGAGAUUGAAUGAUUUUAAUGUUUUUUAACAAAUAUUUUGUGAUUAUAUUAAUGCUUGUUGAGCAAUAUAGUAUAUUUUUUUACUACUAGUAAUCAUAAAUGAUAAAAGCUCUUCUAACUAGGGAUGUGCAUUUGGUUUUGUCUUUUACUGGUAAUCAUUAAUGAUAUAUAUAUAUAAGAUUUUGAGAGCUCUUUUAAUUAAGGGUGUGAA